AUGACACAAACAUCAGCAAGUGAAAAAAGUGAAGCAUUACAACCAACAGAAGGAACUGAAAUGCUUGAACGUUUUUGGUCAGAAAUACGUGCUGAAAUUGAAUCGAUAAAUAUUAUGGAUUUUCGAGCCAGUGAAUUACCAUUAGCACGUAUUAAAAAAAUUAUGAAAUUAGAUGAUGAUGUUAAAAUGAUUAGUGCUGAAGUGCCAAUACUAUUUGCUAAAGCAGCUGAAAUAUUUAUUCAUGAAUUAACAUUACGUGCAUGGCUGCAUACAGAAGAAAGUAAACGACGAACAUUACAGAGAAACGAUGUUGCAAUGGCUAUAACAAAAUAUGAACAAUUUGAUUUUUUAAUUGAUAUUGUACCACGAGAAGAAUCAAAACCGCAUAAAAAACAUGAUAAUAAUAUGGGUGAAGUACAAUAUAUCGUUACACUUCCACAGGCAAGCCAACCCAGUGCUAUUCAAUUACCGAGUAAGAAUUUAUUUAUAUUUGUCUUACGAGGGAACCGUUCCAAGUAA